AUGCUUCGCAGAAGAAGCCUGGCGGCCUUUGGACAGUUUUAUAAGCGUAGCUUGGGCUUACAAGUAAGAUUAGCCUCAAGCGUGGCCUUCCAGGGCGAUCUGAAUGCUCGAGCAACAAAACAUAUUAGCCAAGUACACUGGGAUGCAUACCAGCGGCAGAUUCGAGAACUUGGCAUCAGCGGCGAGCUGAAAAGGCUUGAAUCCGAAUGGUUACAAGAAAUUUCACUCAAAAGUGAUUCGAAAAGCGAUCCAAAGACGCCCGUGGAUCCCAAAACACCAGAAAAGGAGGACAGCAAUUCAAAGGAUAAAGGGGUCCCCAGUUCCAAUGUUACGGAGGAAGACAACGAUCAAAUCCAGAAAUCCAGUGAGUCUGGCUCUUCUUCUGUCUCGAAUUCAAGCUCUGCCGGUUCUGCACCCUCCGACAAUGGAGGAAACGGUGAUGACGGUUCCGAGGGCGGUAACGACACAAAACAUUCCUCGAAAAAGCCAAAAUUACCUGAAGUUUACCCACAAAUGCUAGCACUACCCAUCUCCAGACGUCCUCUUUUUCCAGGGUUUUACAAGGCCGUGGUCAUCUCCGAUGAUAGAGUAAUGAAAGCCAUAAAAGAUAUGCUAGAACGUCAGCAGCCAUACAUUGGUGCGUUUCUUCUUAGGGACUCUGAUGCAGACACAGACGUUAUCCAUAACACAAACGAAGUGUAUGAAACCGGUGUCUUUGCGCAGAUCACAAGUGCGUUUCCAAGCAAAGAUGAGAAAACGGGUGCUGAGACCAUGACCGCCCUUCUCUAUCCACACAGAAGAAUCAAGAUUGACGAACUUCUGCCGCCUUCUACUGAAAAGGCGAAUUCAAGCACCCCAUCGGAAACGUCUAAUCCACCUUCUGCCACGCAAGAAGACUCAACCGAAAGUCAAGCCCUCCAGACAGGAACUUCACGCAUGGAAGAAUUACAAGAGCUUGAAGAAGAAUCUAAUCCAACUGAUUUCUUAAAGGAGUACGAUGUUUCUUUAGUCAACGUCUCGAACCUUGAGGACAAAGAAUUUGACCGGAAAUCGCCCGUGAUAAAUGCAUUAACCUCGGAGAUACUCAAAGUGUUUAAGGAGAUUUCUCAGCUGAACACUAUGUUUAGAGAACAAAUUGCCACGUUUUCUGCGUCCAUUCAAUCCGCCACAACCAAUAUCUUCGAGGAGCCAGCCCGCUUGGCUGAUUUUGCCGCAGCAGUUUCUGCUGGCGAGGAGGAGGAAUUACAAGAAAUUUUAGAGUCUCUUGACAUCGAGCAAAGAUUAGAGAAAUCUCUUGUGGUUCUCAAAAAGGAGCUGAUGAACGCUGAGCUGCAGAAUAAAAUCUCGAAAGAUGUUGAAACAAAAAUUCAAAAAAGGCAGCGCGAGUACUAUCUGAUGGAGCAACUAAAGGGUAUAAAGCGUGAAUUAGGCAUUGACGACGGAAGAGAUAAGCUAAUUGAAACAUUCAAGAAAAGACUAGAAAAGCUACAGUUACCAGAAAACGUUCAGAAAGUGUUCGACGACGAGGUCAAUAAGCUGGCCACACUCGAAACUUCUAUGUCCGAGUUUGGUGUCAUCAGAAACUAUCUAGAUUGGAUCACGACUCUACCAUGGGGCGUAACUUCAAAAGAACAAUAUUCGAUUUCGUUGGCAGAGCAGAUUUUGGACGAGGAUCACUACGGACUAAAAGAUGUCAAGGACAGAAUUCUUGAGUUCAUUGCUGUGGGCAAGCUUCUAGGAAAAGUGGAUGGAAAAAUAAUAUGUUUUGUCGGUCCUCCUGGGGUUGGAAAGACUUCUAUUGGCAAAUCUAUCGCGCGUUCGCUUAAUCGACAAUUUUUUAGAUUUUCUGUUGGUGGUAUGUCUGACAUUGCUGAGAUCAAAGGACAUAGAAGAACGUACAUCGGGGCAUUACCAGGAAGAGUCAUCCAGGCCUUGAAAAAGUGUGAAACCCAAAACCCACUGAUUUUGAUCGAUGAAAUCGAUAAAAUUGGACAUGGAGGUGUCCACGGCGACCCAUCUGCAGCACUCUUAGAGCUUCUGGACCCCGAGCAGAACAACAGCUUUUUGGACAACUACCUAGACAUCCCUAUGGACUUGUCUAAAGUUCUAUUUGUGUGCACUGCCAAUACGCUUGACACAAUUCCAAGACCUUUACUGGAUAGAAUGGAGGUAAUCGAGUUGACAGGCUAUGUGGCUGAAGAAAAGAUAAAGAUCGCUGAACAAUACUUAUCGCCCAGUGCUAAACGCGACGCUGGUCUAGCCAACGCAAAAGUUGAUCUAUCUGAAGAGGCCGUGGUUGCUCUGAUGAAGCUUUACUGCAGAGAGAGCGGCGUGCGUAAUCUGAAGAAACACAUCGAGAAGGUCUAUAGAAAAGCAGCGUUGAACGUGGUUAAACAAAUGAGCUUGGACGAAUCAUCAUCAGUUGAGGGCUCAAAGAGCGAUGACAACGAGAAAAGCAACUCUUCCAAGAGCGGAGACGAGGAGACUGUCGGUUUCGCAGAAACGCUACCAGAUCGGCAUUUAAAGUUGGAGGUCAAAAAAACCCACGAUAGCCAAGAAGCUCUAACAGUGCCAGGAAACAUACAAAUUGAAAUCAAUUCCGACAACUUGAAGGACUAUGUUGGACCCCCAGUAUACACCACCGACAGGUUAUACGAGGCAACACCACCCGGUGUGGUAAUGGGUCUUGCGUGGACAAGCAUGGGAGGCUGCGCCAUGUACGUGGAAUCCGUGCUUGAACAGCCCAUCAAUAUCAAAUCUCAGGCAUCACUCGAACGCACCGGCCAAUUAGGUGAUGUUAUGAAAGAAUCUUCAAGGCUUGCAUACUCUUUCGCAAAAAUGUAUAUGAGCAAGAAAUAUCCUGAGAAUCGAUUUUUCGAAAGAGCUGCUAUCCACUUACAUUGCCCAGAAGGAGCGACACCUAAAGACGGGCCAAGCGCUGGUGUGACCAUGGCAUCCUCACUUCUUUCGCUUGCUUUGAACAAGCAACUUGACCCAACUGUUGCCAUGACUGGGGAAUUAACUCUGACUGGAAAGGUUUUGCGGAUUGGUGGCUUGCGGGAAAAGGCUGUUGCGGCCAAAAGAUCCGGUGCAAAGACAAUCAUUUUCCCAAAAGACAACAUAAACGACUGGGCUGAGCUUCCAGACCACGUCAAGAACGGUUUGGAGCCUCUGGCUGCUGACUGGUACGAUCAAAUCUUCGACAAACUAUUUUCAGAAGUUUCCUUGCCAAUCGGAAACUCUGUUUGGCAAUUGGAAUUUGACAAGAUCGAUGCCAAGGAGGCGAAAAAAGACGAUUGA